AUGGGGGUGGUAGAGAAUGACGCGAGUGGUGGGAGCGGGGAUGAUCGGAGGAACGAGGAGGCGGCGCCGGCGAUGAGUGAGGGGCCGCCGCCGAGGUCGCCUUGGAAGAAGCCGACUGCGGCUGGUGAUGUUCCGGUGAUGAGUGGUAAUGAUGCGUCUUGGCCUGCUCUUGCUGAUGCUGCGCAGCAACGAUCCAGGAACUUGGACGCUAGUGCCAAAUCGGGGGCUAAUUCUGAAGUGGUUGCCCCUCCUCAACAGCCACCACCGCAACAGCAACAGGGAUCGUCAGGCCAACCAAAGUCACAUAGUGGGCACCCUAAUUCGGGACAUAGGUACUCAUCGUCCAGGCAUCAUAGAUCAGGUGCUAAGCGGAAUCCAAAUGCUGCACCCCCUUUCCCAGCACCCUUACCUUACCAGCAACCAAUGAUGCCUAAUGCCUUCCAUGGUGCAAUGCCCCCACCGCCUAUUCCAGUACCUACUUUUGCUUACCCACCUGCACCGUUUCCUACUAUUGAACCUCAUAUGGUGAAGCCUGGAACUGAAACGUCUCCAAUUCAACCAUUCGCUCCUCCACAUAGUGUUCAGUCUCCAAUGAAGGGGGACUCUGAUAGUUACCAACCAAAAUUUCCAAAUAGGAGAUCUAAUGUACAAGAAUCCAGUGACCAUGUGGGUCACACAUGGCACCAUCAACGAGCAUUUAAUCCCAGAGGCACUAAUAUCCCUUUGCAACAGGGAAUGGGUGCAAGGGCUAUGGUCAGGCCCUCCUUUUUCCCUCCGGGUCCAGGCUUCAUGGUUGGUCCAGCCUUCCCUGGCUCGCCCAUGUACCCUAUCCCUUUGGUACCAUCUGGCGGCUUUAGGGGACCUCAUCCGCCACAUUUCAUCCCAUAUCCUAUGAAUCCUGGGCAUCUUAUGCUCACCUCUGAGCCAUUGACUUUGAAAGAUCAUGUCGUGAAACAAGUAGAGUAUUAUUUCAGUGAUCAAAAUCUGCAAACUGACAGUUUUUUGGUGUCCUUGAUGGAUGAGCAUGGAUGGGUCUCAAUAUCAGCGAUUGCCGACUUCAAGAGGUUGAAAAGGAUGACUACAGAUAUAUCACUUAUACUUGAUGCUCUACAGAGUUCUAAUGCAGUGGAAGUACAGGCUGACAAGGUCCGGAAACGUGAAGGGUGGUCAAAAUGGGUUCCAAAAUCAAACGUGAAGUCAAAAGAGUUGAAAGAUCAGACUGCUGAUGGCUUGAUUGUAGGGAAUGCUAAUGAAGAUAAUGCAGGAGAAGCCUCUUUAGAGAACAAUGAAUACCAAUUUGAUGCCACUGCCUCCGUGGUGAACAAUUCGGCAAAUGGAAAUGAUCCUGACACUGCGCUUUCUGGUCAAAUAGAAGGCAUUAACAAAUCUAUUGAGUCUGAGACAAAGAGCCGAGAAUUUGAGAAUGUGAGUGAGCCUCCAAUUUCUGGUGUUUACGAAGUAUCAAAGAUGCUGAUGUCAUUGCAUAUUGAUGUGCAGAAUCUUGGAAAUCUGUCGAAUGAUUUUGCCAACACAUUUAUGCUGGAUGAAGAGCUGGAGCUUGAGCAGAAAGUGCUGAAAGUUGAUUGUCCUUCUCCACACAAGAGGGAUGAGGAUGAUGACGAGAUGAUGGUUGAUGAUCAGGAUGUUCACAGACUCGUAAUUGUCACCCAGAAUAGUACCGUAGAUGGAGAAUCAAAAUCUGGUGGUACAGAAUCCGAACCCAUUUCAAAUGAAAUUGCUUCUGCAAUAAAUGAUGGUCUCUAUUUCUAUGAACAGGAGCUCAGAGCUAGGCGUAGGAAUCGGAAGAAAAAUAGUUCUAGUUACGAGGCUAGAGAUGGAAACUUGAGAUCUGCAAUUAACUCUCCUGGAGUAUCACAUUCAAGGACUGCUGCUGGAAGUCCAGGAAGUAAUGCCCACGAGGACUCUCGAAGUGGCAUUAAUAUCAAGAAACAGAAUAGAAAUUCAUCAAAGCAACAUUUGUCUCAUAAACAAAGAUUCUUCUCAGGACGUAAAGCUUUUGGGGCCGUAUCUGAAAGCCCACCUAGUAAUUCUGUUGGAUUUUUCUUUAGCUCUACACCUCCUGAGAACCAUGGGCCCAGGUCCUCGAUGUUAAGUGUUUCACCUCACAGUAAUCUUUCAGGCAGUAGUCCACCAGUUGGUUGCACGCCAAAGUCAUUUCCUCCAUUUCAACAUCCAAGUCAUCAGCUUUUGGAAGAAAAUGGCUUCAAGCAACAGAAGUACCUGAAAUAUCAUAAAAGAUGCCUGAAUGACAGGAAAAAGAUGGGGAUUGGUUGCAGUGAGGAAAUGAACACAUUAUACAGAUUUUGGUCUUUUUUCCUGAGAGACAUGUUUGUCCCUUCGAUGUACAACGAGUUUCGGAAACUUGCCAUAGAAGAUGCUGAUGCUAGUUACAACUAUGGAAUGGAGUGUCUUUUCAGGUUCUACAGUUAUGGUUUGGAGAAGUCGUUCACGGAUGACUUGUACAAGGACUUCGAAGAACUCACUCUUGAUUUCUUCCGCAGAGGCAAUCUUUACGGCCUUGAAAAGUACUGGGCAUUCCACCAUUACCGGAGCAACAAAGAGCCACUGAAGAAAGACCCCGAACUGGAUAGGUUGCUCAGGGAAGAAUACCGCAGCUUGGAGGACUUCCGUGCCAAAGAGAGGGCCGCCGCCACCAAGGACAGCUAG